AUGACUGCGAUUUUUGACCAACGCACUGUGUCUCAGCCGCCCUUGAGUCUGCGGCCAUACGAAGUCAGUAAGAAACUCGUGGGCCAACUGAUUUGUGGAGAUCGGAUUACUGUGGAGUGGCUGAUUCAGACAAUUCGGCCGAAUGCCCCGGAGCUGGAGGAAAUGUGGAGCAAAAGUGGGGUGGAGAAUGUAAGUUUGAAUAGAUUUAUCAUACAGACUUGGAAUGUAUGGAUAAAAUGAUAUAUUAUAGAUCGUAUUUUACAAUUCCCUAAAAUUUGGAUUUUUUACAGCAGUAAAAAACAUUGUAAAACACCACCUUCUUGAUUGUUUUAUUUUUUUACUUUCUUAAUAUUUCCUAUUCUCUCCGAAUUUAUCAAUUUUAUAAGUUUGUAGUUCAAAAAUUCGAAUUUCCCGCCAUUUUUGGCAUUCCGUUCCAUGUGUCGCAGAUGCUGCAAAACAUUGUGAAAUUGUCAAAGAAGCCUUAGAAAAUGCUUUAAACCACUCAAUUCACUUCUUUAUCCACUUAUUGGACCAAUUUUAAAAUUUUUUUAUAUUACCCAUGACAUUUUUUGGAUAUUUGAUAUUAUCCUUGAAUUUUUGAUGUCUAAAUGAAGUAAUCGCAUGAUUAAUGUAACUUAGAAAGUGUCUAGGACAUUUUCGGAGUGUUUUAAAAACAGAAAAUCAUAAAAAUUUAACCUUUUCCAUCAAUUUUCCCAAAAUUUUGCCCGAAAAAUCCCAAAAUUUGCUUUCAGAUCCGUUAUACUCGACUGGGAGUCGGCUCUUCAUUCAACUCGGAUAUCUAUCGGACCGAGAUCAUUUUUCAAAAUGGCGAUCAUUUCGGUUUGAUUGUCAAGAUUCCUCAAAGCAAUGCCACAGUUGGCGAUCUGGUCAUGGAAAAUACGACCUUCAAAGGGCACGACAAAGAGGUCGCAUUCUACAAAAUGUUCGCCAAUCAAGGACUUUGGGCUGUACCGAGGUACUACUUUGGAAGGGAGAUCAAUCAACCGGUGAGUUUGAGCUUUUUUGAACGAAAUUUAUAUUGUAGUAGGGUUAGAUCAAAAAAGUCAGAGAAAAGUGUAAAUUAUAUGCAAAAUUUUGGAGAUACAGUAACCGAGUAGUCACAGGAUGCCUGUUUUACAACUCUAACACAUUUUUUUAAUUAUUUUCAAUCAAAAAAAUUGCGUUUUUCAAUCAAUUUUCGAAAAAAAAUUUGGUCAAAUUACAGUAUGCUUCAUCGGAAAAAGCCAAAAAUCCCCUCAGAAAUUUACCAAUACAUCUAACUUUACUCAUAUUUGCCAAUAAUUCAUCUAUUUUCAUCUAGAAAAAGUAUUUUCGAAUAUUUUAGCCCAAAACCUGCCAAAUUCUCAAAAUUUCUCCUCGAAUUACAGUAUUCCCAGGCAUAAAAAGACUUGUACAAGCUAUAAAAAUGACCUCCCACUUCUUCCAAAGCCUAUACAGUGACGGACCUGAUCCAGUGGCAAAAAACGUACCAUUUUGCUUCCGAGAAGUAUCAAAAAUGCAGCAAAAUACCUCCCUCUCCAAGUGAAGACUCCAAUUUCGAAGGCGUGCCCGCUCUUUUUGUGAGGGAAAGGGCGCGCUCUUCAAAAGCGGAGUUUUUUCACUUGGAGAGGGAGGUAUUUUGCUACGUUUUUGAUACUUCCUGGAUGCAAAAGGUACGUUUUUUCCACUGGAUCAGGUCCGCCACUGUAUAGGCUUUGUAAGAAGUGGGGGGAAAGUUUUAUAGCUUGUACAAGACUUUUUAUGCCUAGGAACACUGUAAUUUGAAGAGAAACUUUGAGAAUUUGUCAAAUCUUGGGCUAAAAUACUCGAAAAUACUUUUUCUAGAUGAAAAUAGAUGAAUUAUUGGCGAACUAUGGGAUGUAUCCAACAUUAAUUCGCCUAUUUCUCUUCUAGGAAACAGCGAUUUUACUGAUCGAGGACAAAGGCCGAAACGUUAUCUCCCCGAGCGUUUUUAUCUCAACCCCAGUGGAGCAGAUCUUCACCGUGUCCAGGGAAUUGGCUAGAAUGCAGGCAUUUGCCAUCAAGAUCCCAGGGCAACCGUGGAGACACGAGUUCCCGGACUAUUGGCACACCUGGGAAGCGCAUACCGUUCUCAACGCGGCCUGCGAACCUCAGUUGAGAAAUUACGACCGUAAGUUACAAUUUUUAUGUAAUUAUAUAGGCAAAUAUACUACCAUUAGAAGCUUAUGAUAUUGCGGGUUUUGGGGUUUUACAAUUUUUUGAUUUUCCACCGUUUUUUUGCGGAAAACUCAAAAAAAAUUGAGAAAUUUCGAUUUUUUUUCGUAUUUUCAUCAAAUUUAAUGUAGCAAAAACAGAAAAAUACGACACCAUUUCGAAUUCUACAGUAGUAUAAAGCUAUUCGUACCAAAAUUUAGAAAUUUGAAGACUGCAUUUUAACGAAAAAAAUUGAAAAACGUCAAAAAUUCUCAAAAAUUUUCAGUUUUUCAGAAAAAAUUUUAAAAUAACAGAGAAAAAUUUGGUAUUUUUUUUGUAGCGUACUGUAGUUCGUAUACGACAGUGUCAGAAUUCAGCCGUUUAAAGCUGAAUCCUAUCAAAAAAUCGAGCAAACUUUCGAAAAUUAUAAAAAAAUCAUCAAUUUUUCCCCAAAUUAUUACCUUGCAGUAUCAAACCAAAAUAAAAGCGUUCGUAUUUUACAACCAAAAUAUGAAUUACACUUUCAGCUGAAAUCUCGGCCAUGUUGGACCUUCUUUCGCCCGUCAAUAACCGAGAAUUCGCGCGGUUUGCGAUCGAAAAACGGCCUGCGGAACUAAGUGAGUUGCUCUUCCUAUUCUACAGAAAACAAAAACUUCGUUCUCGUAUUUUACCCUUCAAUAAAUUCUCCGAGAUUUUAGAUGCCAUUUCCUUCGCAAAUGGCGAUCUGUGGUCGGGCAAUUUGCUGUUCAAAUUGGACCCGAAAACCCGCGAAAUGACCAAUGAAUUGGUCGGAAUUAUCGACUAUCAAGGGGCUAUUGCUGGUAAGACACAUUACGACUUUAAAAAUAGAGACUUUAAAAAUUAUUUAUAUUGUAAAAUACGCCCUCCACUUAAACUACUGUAAUUGUUUUUAAUCAAUUUUUACAGGAAACAGCUUUAUUGAUCUCGUUCGGUAUGUUGUAAUGUGUGUGGACGCGGAAGUCCGACGACGAUACCGUCAAGUGUUCAUCGACUAUUUUUACACCGAACUAAAAAAGGCGUAUUUGGAAUUUGACAUCAAUGAAGCCAUCGGAUUCACUAGAGAUCAGGUGAAUUAUUUUUGAAAAUAUUUUUGAUUUUUCAGGGGAAAAUAUUGUAAAAUACGCAGCAUUGAAAUUUCAUACCUUAUUUUACGGCCCUCACGAUCUAGACGUAUCUAUUCUAGGCAUAAAAAUUUCAAAAAAAAUCAAUUUCUUCCAAGCGGGAUCGAACCUGCGACCUUUUAAAAUUCGUCUCACAACCACUACACCACAGCGACACGCUAUGAUUUUUUUCUUCUGGCUUUAUUUUAAAUCUUGUUUAGAGUAAAAUACGGCCGCAGCAACAGUUAUUAACUAAAUAUUUCACCUUUUUCACCACAAUAUUAUACUUGGUAUACAAACCUCUCAAACUCAAAAUUUAACCCUAAAUUUUUCAGUGUGAUGAACUGUACGAUCUAUGUGUGGUAGAACAAGCCAUAAUCUGCAUUAUGAACAUCCCAUUCUUCGGUGCUAAUGCGGAUAAAGUUCCGGAAAUUGAGCACGAAGAACGGAUGAAAGUUUUGCACAAAAGAUCAAAGGAAAUGUACGUUGACGCCAUUCAGUUGAUGAAACAAUAUGGCUGGGACAAGUUCAAGGCUUGA